AAAAAUUCGUCAGCCGGGAUAUUACUUGAGGUAGAGGGCUGUGCGGUGUCUGUCGAUCGCGUGCAGGCUGUCCGUGCCUCCAGUGAAAUGCCCCUUCGAUUGCGUGGCACACCAGCUGUUUCCCCAACGAGCUGUUUCGCGGCUUGCAAAGUAGUUUUCUCAACGUGCAUAAACAUAUACUACACUUUAACAAGAUUAAUACAAGGAGCCGCAAACAGCAUUGGGUGCAAAAUUCAUUUCCGUAUGACCAUCUGUGUUUUCCCUUAAUAAUAAUGAUUUAAAAAAAAAAAAUAGGCAGCGUAGCAAAAAGUAGCGCUCUAGUGAUUCAACCUUGACGACACCCACAUUUCCACAACUAAGUUCUGAGGCGAGACCUCACAGUAGGCACGGCGCCAUUGCGCGGCAAGGGCUGUCACUCGUUUGUAAGGUCAGCGAGAAGCAGACGGUUUCCGGAGUGGAGUAGCGGCUGUGUACUUGGACCAACGUCCCAGCACCCACAGUUGUUGCUGCUCAACAGUAGAAUAUCAAGGGCCCACGACAAGGCUGUUUGGACCAGAAAAGAAAUAUGUUGACUUUAAGAAAGCAGUUUGGGGCGUAAUGGAUACAGAACAGUAGGUGUGUACUGCGCCAGCUCAACAGUGACGUCUGGUCUGUGAAGUUUCGUGGCUUAUCGUCUGCUCUCAGUCGAUGCAUGGAUUGUUACCCUUAGUCGCAUUUCUUUUCUUCUUUCGAAAGGUUACGAUGAAAAAGAAAGCCUGGUGCUUGUUGCCUUACUGGCAUGAAUUUGAGCAGGAUAUGGCAUAGCUGCACUGCCCGUUGAUCUAAGGGAAUGACUCCCCAAUUCUGCAUCAUUUACAAUAUCAGAGAGUGAAUUUCAGCUAAACCUUGAGGGACCCGUCUUACAUACACGAUCAAGAUGGCGGCGUGGGCCAGCCUGUCCGGAUAUUUAUAUUUCAAGCCCGGAGGGGGCGCAUUAAGCAGGCUGAAGGCGAAAAAGAAGCUGUGGUGCGUGCUGGACGAGAACAAGUGUCAGGUGGUGUACCACAAGUCCGAGGACGACGCCCGUUGCAAACCUCCGCUGGGCAGCAUCGAGCUUCGCGGAGCCGCCAUCACACUCGACCUUGACAACCAGAACCAGUUUGUCAUUAUCGUGGACGGCAAAGAGGCCUACUUAACAGCUGAAAACCAUGAGUCGAUGAUGAUCUGGCUAAUGGCUCUGCAGGCCAAGCGGGACCUAUUCGCCAAGUACGAGACUCGUGAGCGCCAUGCUGACGGCACGGCCGAGGACCAAGACCACGACACGGCAGCUCAUUACGGCAUUGUAGCGGAAGAGGAGACCAGAGAAAGGGUAGGCUCGCAGACUUGGCACCAUGACACGAACAGAAAAAUCAGCCAGCCUUGUUUGGAUUCCAGGGGCUUGGUUACAAGCGCCCCUAACCAGCCUGCAAAUCGUCAUCGCCACAACUCAACGAGCUCGUCUGACGUGUCGGUGGUGCGGGAGGGUGGUCACAGAACGCUGUGCGCCACCAAAUCCCUUCAGAACCCUCAGCACAUCGCCGACGGCAGCCUCGCUGCACAGGUCCGACGCCACCAGAUGAUGCGGCUUGGGGAGACUUUCGACAAUGGCCGGUCAGGCAGGCGAGAAGGUUCGUUGGAAAAGACCGAUCGUUCACGAUCGCUUCCUCCAGUUUUCGAAGAAGCCCAAGGCAGCAGCUUCCAUCCGUUCAGCCGACAACUGUCCAUCAGCAUGGAGGGCUCCGAGUUGCUUCAGCGGCAACACCAGCGGCAGCACAACAGCGGCUAUCACAACUUGAACAGCAGCCACGGCAACAACAUCAACUUCAACGCUGGCCCUGCGGUGACGUCAUCGCGCGUGGCCGGCAGCUCAAGCAGUGCCAGUACAGUGGAGAGUGAUGAGCUCUUGGCAGACGACCAAGCCAGGCGCAGAUGCAGCUCCAAGCAUCUUGGUGACAUCACCAGCACCGGUCCUUUCUUGGCCGACGUCAGCAGAGACAGCUCUUUGUCUGCCUCCAGUGACUCAGCUAUCGAUAAAGGAGAUAAUACAGAUCUUGUGGCUAGAGUUCACGAACUUGAAGCUGAGCUAAUAACGUCCAAAUGUGAACUGGCCAAGGUGAUGAACAGGCAGACCUGCUUCCAGGAAAUUUUAAAACAAAAGGACGAGAUCAUUCUUGACCUUGACGAGAAGUUGGGGAAGCUGGGUGGGGCCGACAUAGGCUACGACAGCAAGAAACGGUCAUUACAAACUUCCAAAGAGCAACAGGAAAGGGUUCGCAUACUUCAGAACCAAAACCGGUUCCUGAACGAGGAAGUGAGGCGCCUGGCUCGUCUUCGCUCACAAGAGCAGACGAAGAUCAAAGAGCAGGAUGGAAACUUGUCAGAGCUAGAGGGGACCAUAGAGCUCUGGAAACUGCAGUACGUUUCGCUGAUUCAGUCCAGCAUCCGCUUCACUGGGUCAGACACCAUGGACGAUGCCGAACUCUCUCUAUAUGGGGGAGACAGGCACAAGAACAAAGUUCGAGCUCUUCUAGAGGAAGCUAGGAAAAUCAACCCAAGUCUUCCAACGUACGAAAACCUAGCAGCAGGUGAGGUUCACGUGGACUACUAUGGCUUCAAGCACCAAUUCCAGGACUCGGGUUUGCUGCUGCACUACCUGUGCCAAGAGUUGACGCAACACUACCUGACCCAGGCGUCGGCCCACGAGCAGCACUAUCACCGUUGGCACAACUACCUCAGGACCAACGCCAAGUGCAUCAUGAAAAACCGAAAAGAACUCAAAGAGCUGUGUCGAGCUGGUAUCCCUGAUCAGUUUCGAAAGCAGGUGUGGCGCAGUCUCAUCCAUGACCAGGUGGCGGAGAUAAUGGCGGAGAAGGGCAACCAUUACUACCGCAGCUUAUGCAGCACACUGCCUGACUCACCACUGGCAGCUCGUUAUCGCAAACAGAUCAGCUUGGACCUGAUGCGCACGAUGCCGGGUAACGUCAAGUUUUCCACCCAGGGAUCAAAAGGGGUCAUGGACUUGCAAGAUGUGUUGCUUGCCUUCUGUAUCCAUAACCCCAACGUGGGCUACUGUCAGGGCAUGAACUUCCUGGUUGCCAUGGCGCUUCUAUUCAUGGACGCUCAAGAUGCCUUCUGGACCCUGGUGGCUGUGACAGAGAAAUACCAUAGCAUUAGCUAUUUCGAUCAGCAUCUCCUGGGAGCCCAGGCCGACCAAAAAGUCCUCGCCGUUCUUCUGGGCGACCUUUUGCCGGAAUUGGCGCGCCAUCUGGAGGCAAUUGACAUCGAAAUCUCCACGGUGACGCUCAACUGGUUCUUGGCCAUCUUUUUCGAUGCCGUGCCUUUCCACACCUUGUUACGGAUAUGGGACUGCUUUUUGCUGGAGGGUCCCAAGGUGCUGUUCCGCUUCUCGUUGGCUAUCCUCAAACUGCAUGAGCGGGAGAUCAUCAAGAAGUGUGAGACCAUCUCUGUCAUGCGUCACCUCAAGGCCUGUGCCAAGGUCACAUAUGACGUGGAUGGAUUAGUCCAGCUAGCAUUUAAGGGGCUGAAGCCAUUCCCGCGGCGACAGGAUAUCAACAGCAAGCAGAUGGUAUACUUGAAGGCGCUAAAAGAGAAGUACAGAUGGAGAGAGCUUCAGAAACUUGCCUUUGCAGAACGAGAAAGCCUGUUCCUGAGCCUGGAGUCACACACAGGAAAUGCACUGACUUUUGAGUGUAGUGUUGUUAGCAACACAGGCUGUGAGGCAUGGGUAUGCUAUGGCAACCAGACACAGUGCAAGGUGUGUGUUGUGGACUGCAAGGAGGGCACCAUGACUGACAUUCCCAUACAGUUUUCUUGCCGUGUAAUGAGCUUGUGUGCCAUCCCAAACGCCAUCUUGUUUGGUACACUAUCUUGGAAUAUUUGCUGCUACAGAGAAGCUGACCGCAUUCUCAUUUGGGAACAACAGUUGCAUGAUGCUGUUCUCUCACUCUGCGCAUUUGAAGAUAGUGGAACCUGGCGUGUGUUUGCUGGUCUGGCAGAUGGAACUGUAGCUGUGCUGGAGAACGUGAAUGUGAACUCAGUGUUCUACGAUGUUAUGUACAUUCCUAUUGGUCAAUCACCAGUGACAUGUGUCCGACUUUUGGACAGCCAGCUGUGGUGUGCUUGUGGCAACACGGUCUCUGUCAUCCAUGCCAGUACACUAGACGCUAUGGACAGCUUCACAGUGUCAUCCAACCCAUAUGAUCACAUUCUGACACUGCAACCUGGACUUCCGGGUGUCUGGAUCUCAGUCCGUGGAUCAUCAAUCUUAGAACUCUGGGAUCCUGAUGCUUUGGUGUGCAAGAUGUUGUAUGACACUCGUGCAAGUCGAUACCCUAAUCUUCGCAAAGAUGAUGAGAUGUACUUCAACAAAGCCCGCAUAACUUGUAUCCUGCCUCUUGACUACACAGUCUGGGUUGGAACAGGAGAGGGAAACUUGAUCACAUAUGAUGUCUUCACACAUCAAGGCUCAAAGUCACCCUCAGACUGUUCCUCUUUCGUUGGUUCCUAUUCGGACAACUUUUCAGCCCUGAUGAGUGGGAAAGAGGAGAUGACCAAUCUGUCUUCUUGUGCUGAGGCUUACGAUCCUGUGCGGGAAGCUGCUAUGAAGGUGCGUCAGCUAUAUUUAGCCCAGGUAGACUCUGACACUGACCCUCUCAGACUAUCUGAGCGGAUUCUCUCCUGCAGCGACUCCUUGAUAAGCAGUGGCAAUGAGUCAGUGAUCCAAGGAGGACAAGAUUCCAGCAGCAUGUUUUUUACCCAGCCGACUAAUGAGUCAAAUAGCAGCAAGAACAAUUUAUUGCAAGAAACAAGUGGACUUGCUCCUUCGGUUAACGAAGAUGAUAUUGAAGGCAUAACUCCUACUCCAAGUUUUUGUUGUGACAACAUUGUUGAAGCCAAAUCAGAAAACAAAGACUCAGAGAGACAAGAUGAGAACUUUGGAGGAAGCAGACACUCAGAAACUGUAGAAGACAAUGAUUCCGGCGAAGACAAGAAAUCAAAGGUGAGCAGUUGUAGUACUGGUCAUCAUGUUGUCUGGGAUGAAACAGCUUUUGACGAGAAAGAUUUCCACUCUUGUGACAAAUUUUCUGAACCAAACAAUAGAUCUGGCUAUCUUGAACAAACAAGAGAGGUUUAUGAUACUUCUCUAAUCAAUGGUGUUCACAAAUUCUUCAUUGGAGAUGAUGGCGCCCAUGACACAAGAAGGAACAUCAUAGAUGAUAAUAUGCAUAGUGAGAGACUUGAUGACAGUGGCAAUGAGUGUGAUCCCAGUACCCACAGUGCAAAGGUUAAGACAGAGGAAAAAGGCACUGCUAUGGCUACAGAUGGCACAAACAUUGAUCUCAAUUCUGGAGGAUCUUCUCCCAUGACAGAGGCAGGAGACAUGAGUUACACUCAAGUCACAGAAAAAGAACUGUUAGAGAGGCAGACCAGUGAAUCAGGAAUUGAAAUGGCUAGUUCUGAUGGUUCGGUGAUCAUGCAGGUAUGGGAUGGAAUAAAAGAUAUGAAGAAGAAUAAGAGCCAGACUUUGUGUAAUUCUGACAUAGACACAGAUGAAAAGGAGGCCUCAAGAAAACCACACAUAAAAGAUUCCAUGGGCAGUUCCUUUGCUUCAUCAGUAGAGUCCCGGCAGUCAGAAUCCGAUGAGGUAUUUCAGGAUGCCAGCGAUGGACUUUCCACUGCCAGCACCAUGGAGGACUCAGCAACAACCCCAGUAGCCACAGCAGUGGAAGAAUCCCAGUAUGAAACAAGUCAGGAAGAGCUUACAGAAAAGGCAGAACAGCAAACCUCUGCCCAAGAAUUUGUAAACAACAACCACUCCAGUGGUCUCAGUGAUUCAAAAGAUUUAAAAGGGCAGAAGAAGAAACGACCACAAAGUCUGUUCUUACAGAGAAACCCAAAGAAUGUAGUGAGAAGCGUGGACAAAAAGGCUGAGAAGCCUAUUGUGAGGAAAACCAGUGUUGCUGCUAUCAAAGCGGCAACCACCAUGGGAACUGGCAGUCUUUCAUCCCCACUGCCUUCAACCAGCAGACUGAUGUACAAACGGAGUGCUUCUGAGUCAAGCGUGACAGACAAUCUGCAGCCUGCUGAUUUGGAGGCACAGUAUCGUUUAGACUACACAAAUCUUCAUGUUGAAACAGACAUAGAAAGUGUGUGCACGGACCAUUCACCAGACAGCCGGCGCAGUAGUUCUGUCUUCAGUGACUUUAAGCUGGGUUCAUCUGGAAAUCUCUGUGGAAGGCUUACCAGACCAGAUUCAUUUGAAGAAUCACAAGAGGGAGGAGUUAUUCUCCCAGAGUGUGACCCUUCUUCCUUCAUAUUUCCUCAAGACUUUUACAGUGAGAUUGCAGGCCCAACUGAUAACGCUGUUAGACAAAAGCUACUGGAUAUGCAGAAAUCACGAAUGUUUCAGCCACGUGCACUCAGCACUAUUAGCUGUCAUACCUGGUCCAGCUAUGAGGAGGUGUCCACACCAUCUCGAGCUGAGUGUGAGUCACUGCUGUCAGGCAAGAACAACCAUGGCAUAAACAACAGUAAAAACAACAGCAAUAGCAUACUGUUGCCUCGCAAUAACUCCAUGCUGAGUACGUCCACAAGUAUUGCCAGCACCACAGAGCUGCUGUAUGCAGCAGACAUGACACUUAUGUCCAAGAAUAAGAUCUCUGACAAACCAGUCAAAUGCCUCCUGCUGUACAAGUUUGAAGGUAAACCACUGGUGCUGAGUUUCUCUGGCUGCCACUGUGAUGAUGAAGCAGUUUUGAAAUGGUCUCGUGAAAAAGAUCAGAUGCUGUGGACCAAUGACCCCAUUUUGGACUACAAUCCAGCAACCAAGACAACAAAACUACCAACAUACAUGAGAGCUCGUCCCUCCAGCUCUUCUUCCUUGCAGACCCUGAAGCAGCGCCUAAGCCAAAGCAGCCAAUAGUUUCAUCAUCAUGGCUAUUAGCUGAAAUAUGGCGUUCAAAAGAGGUAGAUGGAACGAUGGUGACCUGCAGUGCAUCUCAACAUGGUUGCUGACAUCAUUUGGUGUUCAGCACUUGUAUCAUUGCUGUACACCAUGCAAAAGGCAAAGAAUUAGUAUGUUACAUAAGAAAUUUCAUGAUCUCAUCAAGAAAUGUUCCUAAAUUCAUUAAAAUACAAGUUCUCUGGUUAGCAAAAACUGACUUGGAUUUAAAGCUCACAAGUUGUAAACUGCAUUUAUAGGUAGGAUCCAUUUAUACACACAUCUGGCCCACUGUCUUUGGCUUACAAACUGUACACACAGUCACAUUAAUUUUGAAUGAUCAUACCCUAUAUCUUUUUAAAUGACCUCACCCUUUGCAAAUGCAUGCUUGGAAGUCUCCCUUUAGGCACAACACCUAACCCUUCUUAACCAUCCACCCACUCCCACCCCCAAACACAUACUCCCAACUAUUCCUUCAAGAUUGACGAAUCUCAUUUGAUCCAGUAGGCAUUAACUUUACAAAUCUUCACAGUAAUCAGUUUUAUAAAUUAAAAUGAAAGGAAUUCAGAUGUAAUAUAUAACUUAUGAAAUAAUUUAUUCAAGAUCUUGAAUGUUUUCUUCUUGUAUCAACAAACAUGUAGGAUCAAAAAUUAAAGAUGAGUCAUGCAUUCUGCAUAUUUAAAGAACUAGACGUUUGUUCACAUUUAAUAAAGCAGUGACAAUGUGUUUUGAUGAUAAGGACAGGUGUAUUUUUAACAGUGAGCACAAGCAAGCCUUGCACAAGAACAGAACAAGAUGAACCAAACUUUUUGCCCUAGAACAAUUAUAAUCUUUUAGUUUGUGAUCCUCUUUUAUUUGUAAAUUUUUACCUGCGAUAGUCCUAUGAUGCUCAGAAAUGACCAUUGUUAUAUGGCACAUGACUGAUGUUUUAAGAAACUUUGGCAUAAAUUCCAGCAGAAAGAGUGCAUGGUUACCAUAAUAAUUACAUUCAUAUGGCAGAUUACCUGUAUAAGAGUAGAUGCUAGAAUUUAGCUAAGAUACACCUUUAUUUUCAUGCAGUACAUAUUGAGUGAACGAGAUUAUAAAGAAGACAGUGACAUUUGCCAUGAACAUGUGUCUAAUAGUAUGAAGCUGUCUUUUGCUAUUUUUGAAUUUUUUUUUUUUAAACUGCCGUUGAUGUUAAAGACGUCAUUAUAGCACAUUGCUCAUAUACCUUGUAAAAAUGCCAUUCUUGUUUAAAGGUCUUCCAAGAUAAGAUUUAAUGUAUAUUUUCAGUUAGAUGAAAAUUUUAAAAUACUACAUACUUCUUGUAACAUAUGAUGUGUGUAUAUUACUUAAGAUUUGCUUAUUUAGAAAGAUAUUUACAAGCAAAGUUUUAUGAGAAAUUAUAGGUAAAUGUUAUUAAUAGAAAUAACAGACUCUGAUACAUGAUAUUUUUAUAAAAUGUUAAUAUUGUCAUGAUGUUCAUAAUGUCUUUCAGUUGUAGUAUAAAUCUUGUACUUCAAACAUUAUAAAUACAUUAUUUAGAAUGUUCAACAGCUACCUAAGGCAAUUUUAAAAUUUACUUGUUGUGCACUUUAGUUUUAUUGAUCCAGUGGUAAGGAGUGUAAAAGAAUAACAAGAAGAAGGUAAUAUACUUGUAACUUGCAUGAAUCAUAAAAAGGCAAUGUGAUUUGUCAUGUUAUUAUGAAAAAAGAUAUGGAAGAAAUGAAACACCCUUGCUGGAAAGUUUUAACAACUGACUUGCAUCUUAAUGCUCAUUGCCUCACAUUUUAUCGUAAAACAAAUGCAUGAAUGGAUUUUAAUUUUUAACAACUCGGUAAUAAGCAAUUCUUAGUUUAUUAGUUCAUUAAUCUGGCAUUAAAUGUGCCGUGUACAGCAAGACCAUUGCUACUUACUUGGUUUUUCAUCAUAACCAAUAAUUCCCCCCUCUUUUGUGUACUUUACUACAUUUUUAAUUUUAUUACAUUACAAGAUAAAUGCUUUCUAUGAAUCUGUGUUUUACUAUCAGCAUGUUGCACCAAGUGGUAAAUUGUUAACAUACUGAACCAUGUGAUAAUUUGUAAAUAAAUAUGUGAUAUGUGUAACGUGUUGGCGACGUUGUUGCAACAUACAGAGAGGGUCACAGAUAACACCAGUCACGACACAUGCAACUGACUUUUGAUUAGUGUUAUGUCACUUUGCAGAACUUUUGAAAACCUCUUUCAUGCAGCUUUAUUAAGAGGGAAACCCCUAGAGUAUUUCUAUCAGAAAAGAAAACAAAUAAUUUUAACCCUCAUUGAUAAUAAAGGUAAAGACAUGCAGAAGACAUAUUACCUUUUAAUUAAGUUGUAAGGCUUUUUUAAGGCUCAGGCAAGUCAAAUGAGAAUCAAGCUUUUCAGCCUGGUCAUUGUUUAGUGCAUAACAGGUGAAAUAACAAACAGCUGGAAACCCCUGUAAAACCUUUUUGUUUCUACGUAUUGCAACAUAAUCCCCAGUAUGUAAAUAAAAUAGUUGAUGACUGUUGCACUGAAGAAGGAAAAGAAGUUGGCCAGCUGGAAAAAACCAGAACUUACAAGAUGUACAUAGCAAAUAGGGUUAUGAAACAAAUGGACAAAUGUAAAUAGUCUGAUCUUUAUAAGCCUUUCCUUGAACAUAACAUGUAUCAGUCUAUAUUACAGAAAUGGAAGCUUUCACAGCAUACCAGAAAAGUUACUGUUUAAAUGCUUUCACUAAUCUUGGACACUUUAUGGCAUCCUUCAGUUUUAGGGAAAUUGAUACAAAAAUGCAGUGUCUUCCAAAGUUUCAGUUAAAAAACUUAACACUGGACAGCUGGAAACAAUAUGAGGAAUGUGAAUGGUUCUGACCUGUAAAAACAUAAACUAAAAUGUUGAGGUUGAUAGAAUGCUCUCUAUGCUUAUGUAGCAGACCAGCACAUACUUGGGAACUGAGUCAGGAGUGGUAGCAGUACUGUUAAUGCUGUUCAAGAUUCAUACGUCGGUACAUGCUACAGCAAAGGAUGAAUGGUGAUGCAACUGUAAGUAAAGGUCUACAUGAUGUUCCAUGAAGUGAUAUACUGAUGUAUCAUCUGUAACUUGUGUUUUGCCAGAGGAAGACACCAUCAUUAGGUAGUCAGGUUUACUGUACAGAGCUUGUUACUGUCAGCAAUGUAAAUAAAUGAUACGACUGUGCCA